AUGUUGCCAAGCCUGAUUUCCUGUCUUCUAUUGGUCAUCAGUGUUAUAAAUGUUACACCAGUAACAGUAAUUGGUGGUAACGUUGCUGAUCCUCGUCCGGAACCGUCUUGGCGAAUCGAGGAUCAAGCUGCUGAAGUAUUGAAAUCUGGUAUCGACUCAGCCGCUAGUGGGAUUCAUGCCUUAAAUUACAGUGUAUGCUUUACGGUUAUCUAUUCGUUCUGUGAAUUGAACUGCUUGGAAGAAACGUUUUAUUUAGGGGACGGAGCUGGAAAAAUAAAAUCUGAAAUUGGAGAAAAGGCUGCUGCGGCUGGACGAAAAGUCAGUAUUGACAGCUUUCUUUUAACAGCCGAAACAGUCAGUGGUAUAAAAGAAGGUCUCGAAAACAAAGUACGAGGAGCGUACGAAACUGCCGCUAAUGUUGGCGAAGGAGCUAAAAAUGCUGUCUACAGUGCUGGAGAAGCAGUUGGUAUGGCAGCGCAUAACGUAGGAAGUGGUCUAAGCAACGCGGCAAAUAACGUCAGAGAAGGUGUUUACAAUGCAGCUAGUGGUGCUGCAAAUACUGCAGGAAAGGCUUUGGAAUCUAUGGGGAAGAACUUACAAACAAACCCAGGGUCAUAA